AGAAGUUAUUGAAGAGUUCAUAAAUGAAAACAUGGAAGAUUAUAUAGAACUCCUUCGAGAUUUCGAAAUAAAGAAAAGAGUUAUAAAGCCGGACAUGACGGAUUCCGUUACAAUCAAGCUGCCGAUUGCACUCUUGGAACUUGUUGAAAAAAGGACUGACGAAACUCUGAAGGAUAAAAUCAUGGGAUCUGAGUAUAACUCACAGAUUAAGAUGAUUAAGGAAAAGCUACGCUUUGACGCCGCGAUUGCCAAAUCAUUCUUUGAAGACUCAAUAGAAAGUAUUGUGAAUCACAUUACUGAACUAUUAGAAGAGCCAGUCAAUGCUGAGGUUGAAGCGAUUCUGAUGGUCGGUGGGUAUUCUGAAAGUCCGAUGUUGCAACAGGCAAUAACCGAGACGUUUGCGCAUUUGAGCGUCAUUAUUCCACAAGACGCUGGCCUAGCAGUCCUAAAAGGAGCUGUAAUCUUCGGUCAUAACCCGGAUGCCAUUACACAGCGUAUUGCAAAAUAUACGUAUGGAACUGACGUUGAAGUUGACUUUGAUAGUCAACAACAUCCCAUAGAAAAACAGUACAUUGACCAAGAUGGUAAUGUAAAAUGCAUGGAUGUAUUUGACGUACUCGUUAGAAAAGGCGAUUCGCUUGUUUUAGGCACAUCACAAUCAGAAAAAGUGUACUCGCCAAGCACCGAAGAUCAGGAUGAAAUUUCAAUGGAUAUCUAUGCAACUCCUGAUAGCGACCCGGAGUUUAACACAGAUGAAGGAUGCAAGAAGAUCGGGUCGUUUUCUGUUCCGCUUACAGUUUACGGACCGGACGGAUCGGUGCAUGUUGAGAUGAUAUUUGGUGGCACAGAAAUUUUAGUUAGAUGCACGGAAGAGAUGACAGGACAGGUGACUGAUUUGCACGUGGACAUGCCGGAAUAGAAUUACACAAAACGUUUCCGAAACGCUGUGUAUUACUAAGGCGUACUUUUCAAAUGAAUGCACAUGUUUUAAUGAUAUGUGACCACAACUAACCAUUGGUACUCGUAUUAAUGAUUUUUAUUUUGUUUAGUUUCUUGUAUCUUUUUUUGUAUUGUUAUUUUUGUGAACCUUUGCUGACUUGAGUGUAAUAAUGCUGUUAACUGCAAUUAACCUCGUGUACGAUGGACUUUUCAUAUCCGUUACCCAGUACAGUCACCGAGAAUGUGCGUAAAUCUACGAUACUUCCAAAUUAAAAAAAAAAUGUUUUUGUAUAAAAUACCUAACGGCACCGAAUGCUUAUGUGAUGUAGGGGAAACGGGAAACGUAUACGAUUUAGCAUCGAAAAUCACAUGGUUUGAUUUCCGUUGAAGGCAAACUAUUUUUAUCGAUUUUGUUUUUGCUAUUAAACUUCUUUUAGACUAUCCGAAAUAGUAUUGUGUUGAAAAUAACUAACUAAAUAAAUGCACAAGAAAUAUAUAUGUAAGAAUAAAGUCAUUUAUUACCCAAA